AUGCCGCCGAAAGAGGAACCAACAGCUGAAGGUAGCCAAGCCCAGGUCAUCCGAACUGGUAUGUUUGGACAGAUCGAACAGUUUGUGGUUGGUGAAGACUGGGACGAGUACCAGAACCGUCUGGAGAGGUUUUUCUUGGUCAAUGAAACUUCGGAAGAGUUAAAAGUGCCAGUGAUGUUUACGGUUGCCGGUCCAAGUCUGUACACUUUGGCCACAAGGUUGUGUGCUCCCGAUAGUCCCCGUAAGAAGACGUACAGUGCGUUGGUUGAACUAUUCAAGGCGCACCUAGCACCGACGACAAACGUGGUUUCGGAGCGAUACGCCUUCGGGAAGUGUGAACAGCUCGCGUCCCAAACAAUCUCGGAGUUCGUGGUUAACCUCAAAGCUAAAGCACAGUCGUGUGAGUUCGGGACUUUCCUGUCCGAUGCUCUGCGGGACCAGUUCGUCGUGGGGGUCUACGACGAGAGCCUGCGGAAGAAGCUGCUGACGGAGUUCGGCUUGACCUUCGACAAGGCUUGCAGCAUUGCUCGGAGCUACGAGGCCGCCCUGAACCAGAACAAGGAAAUGUCGAGCCAGUCCGAGGUACGGUUUGCGAGAGUUCAAAAGGUAAGUGGUCAACAGUCCACGGGCGGAAGGAGAGGCGAAGGUCAGGUGAGUAACAGUCGUUUCGGACCAUGCUUCCGGUGUGGACGCCAUCAUAACCCAGCAACGUGUCCGGCGCGUGACUGGAAAUGCUACACGUGUGGAAGGAAAGGCCACAUCUCUACAUACUGCGAAGGUGAGUCUGAGCAAUCUGGUUCGGAAACUGAUGACCGCCGAAACGAGGAUCGCCGCGUUGCAGAGUUGUCAGAAAGCGUGGAAGUACUUCGUCUGAACAUGUGCUCGGAAGUAAGUGAGUCGAAGAAGAAGCAAUAGUCUUAGUUUCAAAAGAAAUUCAAGGUCGAGUCGUCAGUAGUAGUCGUCAAGAGUCGUCAGUAGCAGUCGUCAGUAAUAGUCGUCAAAGUCAAGUCGUCGUCAAAAUGCUAGCAAGAAAAAUUGACCAGAUCUGGAGUCAAGUGAAACGUUUCAUAAUGUCGUCAGUCGUCAGUAGUCACUCAAAAAGUUAUCCGGAAACUUUGGUGAGUCUUAGUUUGUCGUGGGAGAGAUGUAGUAUCCCUCGUAUACUAUAAAAGUAUUGCCAAUAGUUGAAUCCUAAUUGUCAGUAGGUAUCAUUAUUGUAGGUACUGAGAAUAGCUUUUAUAGCACAAGGCCUGGAGAGCACGAGCAGAUCUCG